UCUUUGACCAAAGAAGCCAUGAAGGUUCACCAGUUGACGUUAGGCUUGUGGGAGCAACUCCCCUCCUCGCCUUCCACCUCUUCCUCCCUCUCCUCUUCCUCUACCAACCACCAUAAGCGCCUCCGCCCGCUUGCCCCGAAGCUUUCCUCUUCUGCCGUCGUUUCCACGACUACAAUGGCGGAGAUCAUCAGCUUGAAGAGCUUCAAUUCGCCGCUGACCACCAAAUUCGCCUCCAGAAACGUAGACGCCUCGCUGAUGCAGCUGCAGUCAGGGGGAACGCGGUGGAACCCGAUGCCGGAGCAGAUAAAGCUACUGGAGGCACUGUAUCAGGGCGGGAUGCGGACGCCGAACCCGGUCCAGAUCGAGCGCAUCACCGCGGAGCUUAGCAAGUAUGGCAGGAUCGAGGGCAAGAACGUGUUCUACUGGUUUCAGAACCACAAGGCGCGGGAGCGCCAGAAGCAGAAGCGGAGCGCGCUCCUCGCCCUCGCCACCAACAGUGCUUCGCUUCCCAAUCUGCUCAAAGGAGAAGAGAUGAAGGAGCUCCAUGAUGGGAGCUGCAAGCGCAAGUGCAGGAGCUGGGGCAGUCUGGAGCCGGACGUGGAAGACAGUGGGCCUGGUGACCGCACCUUGGAACUCUUCCCGCUGCACCCAGAAUGGAAGCAGGUGGGAUAGUCUCCACACAAGCAAGAGAGGACUACUGUUGCUACUUGUCUUCUUUAACUGGGUGACUGUCUCUUUCCCCCUCAUGUUAAGCCAUAUCUGUGUCGCCCUCUCCAAGUCCGCGGUCUCUUUUGUUCGCACUGUUCUCCCUAAAACAAAUGGAAAGACGAACCUUUUUUC